AUGGCCCCCGCCAGCGUCGCCAGCUCCUCCUCCUCCGUGAUACCGCAGCGGAAUCACAUAGCGGAGUCAGAAGCUGGGCCCUCCACCAAGACACCGUCGCUCCGAUCACGGUCCUCUGCGCGCUCAGCAGCCUCUUCUCCUAUAUCUCCGAAGGGCAAGGAAAGGGAAGAACCCUCAGAUCAAGCGGACAGUGAGGAAGAAAGCUCGAGCGAGGAUGAAGAAGACGACGUCACAGAGUCAGAGAGUGGAGAAGAGUCAGUAGAGGCAAAUGGGGCCGGCCACGGUGACGACGCGAUCAAUGGAGACGAGGGGCACGGAGAGGAUGAAGACGAGGAAUCAGAAGACGAGUCAGGAGAUGCGUCAGAUGAAGUGUCGGACGAGGAAGACAGUGACGAGGAAAGCGAUGAGGAAGAGGAAGAGCCGGCGCUCAAGUACAGCAAGCUGAAAGGUCGUAUACCAGAGAUACUAGCCAAAGACACAGCUUCCACUAUAUCUGUAUCGCCAAGAUUCAUCGCUCUGGGCACGCACAACGGCAUGGUCCAUGUCCUGAGCUACGAAGGCGUCAAGGUCAACUCAUUUCGGCCCCACGCUGCCGGUGUGACAUGCUUGCGAAUGGAUGAGAGUAACGACUUUGUGGCGACCUCAAGUGUCGAAGGUCGGGUCGUCAUACAUUCCUUGACCACGCCUGAAUCCUACGCCUUCGACUAUAAACGGCCCAUGCGAGCUAUAGCGCUAGAGCCCGAUUAUGCGAAGAAGAAGUCGAGAGCAUUCGUCUGCGGAGGCAUGGCAGGCAACCUCAUACUGCAAGAGAAAGGCUGGAUGGGCUACAAAGAGCAAGUUCUGCAUUCCGGCGAGGGACCCAUCUGGGCCAUCGAAUGGCGAGGGAAUCUGAUAGCAUGGGCCAAUGAUCUCGGCGUCAAAAUAUACGACACCAGCACCGGCCAACGCAUAGGAUUCAUCGACCGCGGCCUCUCCGCCCCUCGAGCCGAAUUAUUCAAGUGUACCCUCCAAUGGAAGGACGACCGCACACUUAUCAUCGGCUGGGCAGACUUUAUCAAGAUUGUCCGUGUCCGCUCCCGGCCCUCUGCGCCUGGAUCGGGCAACCUCCACCCUCUGACGGUGGAGUUGACGGCUGUCUACCAGGUGGACUGUAUGAUAUCGGGCAUUGCUCCGUUCGGUGGAUCGUAUGUCGUUCUGGCGUACAUUGCGCCGGAUCGAUACGAGAACGAAGCUACGGACGACCGGAUGGAGCAGCGGAGAAAAGCCGCCAACAGGCCGGAACUGCGGAUCAUCGAAAAGGGAGAGGAGAUCAACGCCGAUGCUCUCAGCUUGGGAAACUAUCACAUGUACGGGUGUAAUGACUAUACCCUGGUGAAAUCCCAAAAGUCUGGAGACGAGGCUUUCCUGGUGGUCAGUCCGCAGGACGUGAUUGAAGUACGGCCGAGAGACGAGGCCGACCAUGUCGAAUGGUUGGUGGAGAAGGAACGGUAUGAAGAGGCGUUGGAAGCUGCUGAGGAGCUGCGGAAGAAGCAUGGAGGGGUGCUGGAUGUGACGGGCAUUGGGCUCAAGUAUAUGCAGCAUUUGGUCGAUGAAGAACAUUACGAUCAGGCUGCGGCUUUGGCGCACAAGGUCCUUGGGCAGGAUGUUUCUGCUUGGGAAAAGUGGAUAGACACCUUUGUACAACAUCAGCAACUCCCGGUCAUCAUACCUCAUAUACCCACAAAGAACCCCAGGCUCAGUAAGCCUGUCUAUGAGACAGUCUUCAGCCACUUGCUACUCAACGAUAAGCCUGCUCUCGUCAAGACGAUAACCUCCUGGCCUACCGACAUUUACAACCUCCCCACCCUCAUCGAAUCCAUCCAAAACGAGCUCGACGCCACCAACGACGACCCCACUAUUCUCUCCGCCCUUGGAGAGCUGUAUCUCAUCAACAGACUCCCGGCCAAAGCGCUGCCAUACUUUUUGAGACUGAGGAAGCCUUAUGUCUUUGAGUUGAUCAGGGAGCAUAAUCUGUUUGGGGCAGUGCAGGAUCAGGCUAUACAGCUGGUGACGUUUGAGGAGGAGAGAAAGGAGGCAAAGAAGAGGGAAGAGCAGGAGAAGGCUGACAAGGGUGAAGCGGAGAAAGUUGAAGAACAAAAGGAUGACGGAGAAGCUGUCCCGGGCGAGAAAAGUAAACACGGGGCAGCGAUCAAGUUGCUGGUGGAUCAUGUCCAUUCAAUACCUAUCGACAGAGUCGUCCAUCAAUUGAGAGUAGAGCCAAAUUUUUUGUACAUGUAUCUCGACGCUUUACUAGACAAAGACCCGCAGUUCUGCCUACCGUAUAGCGACAGGAUGGUCGAGCUCUACGCGGCAUAUGAUGUCGAAAGGCUCAUGCCCUUCUUGCGCGGUAGCAACUUUUAUGACCUGGAGAAGGCUUACAAAGUUUGCAAAGAGCGAGACUAUGUGUCUGAAAUGGUGUUCUUACUCGGCCGGAUGGGCAACAAUAAGCAAGCUUUGAUGCUGUUGAUCGAGCGUCUGGGAGAUGUUCAAGGGGCUAUCGAGUUUGCCAAAGAGCAAGCCGACGAGGAUCUCUGGGAAGACCUCCUCAAAUACUCCGAAACCCGACCUCUCUUCAUCCGCGCUCUGUUGGAACACGUCGGAUCUGAGAUCAAUCCCAUCCGCCUCAUCUCGCGUAUCCGCGACGGCCUGGAGAUCCCUGGGCUGAAACCCGCUCUGGUAAAGAUCCUACAAGCAUCGAAUCUACAAGUGUCGUUGCUGGAGGGGUGUCAGAGGGUACUGAAUGGGGAUUGUGCGGGACUGAUGGGGAAGCUGCAGAAGGCGCAAGUGGGGAGUUUGAAAGCUGCUUCAACGAGUACUUGCGUCGUAUGUUCUAAGGCAGCUUUCGAUCCUCUACAGCCCGAACUCGCCCUCAUCUACCUCUGCCGCCACCUCGUCCACGCCACGUGCGUCUUGCCUGAGGACGUUGAAUUGCCUCGACGGCAGGAGAACCCAUCUGUCACAUAUCUCCUGCAGGGCAACGACAAGAGUGGAGGAGUCAGUAGUCAGGCGUGGAAGACUAGGGCUCUUGGGUCGACGUUGGGCUACGCGGCAGCUGUGAGAGUAAGGGUGAAGCAGUGUCCUAUCUGUGAGAAGCAAGGGUGA